AUGCCAGCAACUCUACAAGCUCACCCACCCCAUCCCAUCGCGACGACGACGCUUCCACAUCCCGCCCCGAACCCUCAAGGGCCUACAACCGCACAGCGAAGACCCGGAGGCGGCAUCCACGUGCGCGAACCGGCCAACAUCAGCACAGCCGAGUACCACGAGAUCGCGGACGCGUACAUCGAUGAGCUGGUGGCGGCGCUGGAGGAGAAGGCCGAGACGCCCGGUUCAGGCUACGAUGUCGAGUUCAGCGGCACGUACGUGCUGAACAAGCAGCCGCCGAACCGGCAGAUCUGGAUCUCGUCGCCCAUGUCCGGGCCGAAGCGCUAUGACUGGGUGUGGAUGCAGGGCGAGGGCCAGGAUCAGAAGGAGGGCACCGGCAUGGAUGUCGAGGGCGAUCUGCGCGGCGGCCAGUGGGUCUAUCUCCGCGACGGCGCCACCUUGUCCGACCUGCUGAAGAAGGAGCUCGAUGUGCAGAUGAAUCCGAGUGAGGAUGUGGGAGGAGCGCCGUAG